AGUUAAAUUUAAGAGAUUUAUUUAUACCAAAUUUACCAAAAUUGUUUCGUAUGUAUUUGGACCCAGUAGCCUUAACUACAAACUUCCCAAAUACUUUUGGGAAGCAAAAUCCUAUUUAAAAUCAAACUUUCUCAAAAUUUUAAAAUAUGUUUAAAAUUUUAAAGAGUCUUCGCGGAAAGGGGAUGUUUCAUACUAGGGGAUAUCAGACGCGGCCGAAGAUCUGCCAGGAACCCGGUGUGUUUGUCCAUCCCGAGUUGCGACGCACCAUUCCCCUUGUUUAUUUUAACAAAUCAGAACUGCCGUUUAAAUUGGAUCUCGAGUUACAUUUCAAGCCACAGUGUGGAAUAUCCACUGUCGAAAGGCAACGAAGGUGUAAGGAGUACUUCCGGCAGUUUUGCACGAGGCAGCGAAGUUGCUUUUCAGACACCUACUACUGGUCGGAGUUCCGCAGAAAGAUUAUCUACGGCAGUUACUAAACACGAACUAGCCUCACAAUUUUGGAGUUGCCGAACAUGGCCAAAAAAUAGUCUACUUGAUUCAGUUUAUUUCUGGACGCUUUGUGGUAUAAAAAGUAUUUUCUUUUGAUCUGGUUUCUAGAAACAAAUCAUAAAAAAAGACUAUUUAAGCCAUAAA